GGAUCCGGAGCCCCCAGCGCUGAGCCGGGCCCCGCCGGGCCUCCCGUCCCCACCAUGGCCGAGCCGGCAGGCGGGGGUGCCUGCUCCCUGCCCCGGGAGAUCCGCGAGCAGCUGGCCGAGCUGGAGCUGGAGCUCUCCGAAGGGGACAUCACACAGAAGGGGUAUGAGAAGAAAAGGGCAAAGCUGCUGGCUCCAUACAUCCCACAGACACAUGGGGUUGAUCCAGCAUUACAAAAGGAACCCAGAAAUCAGACACCUGCUCCAGCAGCAACUUCAGCACCAUCCUCAUCCAAGUAUCAUCGAGCUCGAUCUGGAGGAGCCAGAGAUGAACGCUAUCGGUCUGAUAUCCACACAGAGGCAGUUCAAGCAGCACUGGCAAAGCAUAAAGAACAGAAGAUGGCUCUGCCUAUGCCAACUAAAAGACGUUCCACAUUUGUACAGUCGCCAGCUGAUGCCUGCACCCCCCCAGACACGUCUUCUGCAUCCGAGGAUGAGGGAUCGCUAAGGCGCCAGGCUGCUCUUUCUGCUGCAUUGCAUCAGAGCUUACAGAAUGCUGAGUCCUGGAUCAACCGAUCUAUUCAGGGGUCAUCCACAUCUUCAUCAGCAUCUUCUACACUAUCCCAUGGAGAAGGCAAAGGAACCAGUGGGACACUAGCUGAUGUAUUUGCCAAUACUCGAAUAGAGAAUUUUUCCGUUCCCCCUGAUGUCACUGCAACUACCUCCUCAUCCUCUUCCUCAGCACGCCCAGCAACUAUUAAUAUUCCUCCAUCAGGAAUCGUGAAAGGCACGCACAAGGGAUCCAAUCGAUCUAGUCUCAUGGACACUGCUGAUGGUGUCCCUGUAAGUAGCAGAGUCUCCACAAAAAUUCAACAACUGCUCAACACCCUGAAACGACCAAAAAGGCCACCCCUGAAGGAAUUUUUUGUGGAUGAUUUUGAAGAAAUUGUGGAAGUCCCACAGCCUGACCCAAACCAGCCCAAACCAGAGGGGCGCCAGAUGACACCUGUUAAGGGGGAGCCACUGGGAGUGGUUUGUAAUUGGCCUCCUGCCUUAGAAGCAGCACUGCAGCGCUGGGGAACCACGCAGGCCAAAUGUCCCUGUCUGACCGCACUGGAUGUUACCGGAAAACCCGUCUAUACUCUGACGUAUGGUAAAUUGUGGAGCAGAAGCCUUAAGCUGGCCUACACACUGCUUAAUAAACUGGGGACCAAAAAUGAACCUGUGUUAAAGCCUGGAGACAGGGUAGCCCUUGUUUUCCCCAACAAUGACCCAGUCAUGUUCAUGGUGGCAUUUUACGGCUGUCUGUUAGCGGAAGUGAUCCCAGUGCCUAUAGAGGUACCUCUUACCAGAAAGGAUGCUGGUGGUCAGCAGAUUGGCUUCCUCUUGGGGAGCUGUGGCAUCACUUUGGCUCUCACCACUGAGGUUUGUCUAAAGGGGCUGCCAAAAACCCAGAAUGGGGAGAUUGUGCAGUUUAAAGGUUGGCCCAGACUCAAAUGGGUUGUGACAGACUCAAAGUAUCUCUCCAAGUCACCAAAGGACUGGCAGCCCAACAUCUCAACUGCAGGAACUGAGCCGGCAUAUAUUGAGUACAAGACCAGUAAGGAAGGCAGUGUGAUGGGGGUGACAGUGUCUCGGAUUGCCAUGCUGUCUCAUUGUCAGGCUCUGUCUCAGGCUUGCAAUUACUCUGAAGGUGAAACCAUAGUGAAUGUUUUGGAUUUCAAGAAGGAUGCAGGGCUCUGGCAUGGCAUGUUAACGAAUGUAAUGAACAAGCUGCACACCCUCAGCGUGCCCUACUCCGUGAUGAAAACCUGCCCACUCUCCUGGGUGCAGAGAGUUCAUACCCACAAAGCGAAGGUGGCUUUAGUGAAGUGUCGAGACCUGCACUGGGCCAUGAUGGCUCAUCGGGACCAAAGAGAUGUCAGCCUGAGUUCUCUGCGGAUGCUGAUUGUAACUGACGGUGCUAACCCCUGGUCUGUUUCCUCAUGCGAUGCUUUCCUGAGUUUGUUUCAGAGCCAUGGGCUUAAACCUGAGGCAAUCUGUCCAUGUGCCACAUCUCCAGAAGCAAUGACUGUAGCAAUACGGAGGCCUGGUGUCCCUGGGGCACCCUUGCCCGGAAGAGCCAUCCUGUCCAUGAGUGGGCUAAGUUAUGGUGUUAUUCGUGUGAACACUGAAGACAAAAACUCUGCUCUUACGGUACAGGAUGUUGGCCAUGUGAUGCCAGGAGGAAUGAUGUGCAUCGUGAAACCCGAUGGAUCUCCUCAGCUCUGUAAAACGGAUGAGAUUGGUGAAAUCUGUGUUAGCUCCAGAACAGGAGGGAUGUUGUAUUAUGGGCUGACUGGGGUGACAAAGAACACAUUUGAGGUUAUCCCUGUCAACUUGGCUGGUUCUCCAGUGGGCGAUGUGCCAUUCGUCCGCUCAGGCUUGCUGGGGUUUGUUGGACCUGGUAGCUUGGUGUUUGUGGUUGGAAAAAUUGAUGGCUUGCUGACAGUUAGUGGGCGCAGACACAAUGCUGAUGACAUCGUUGCAACCGGAUUAGCAGUUGAAUCAAUAAAGACAGUCUACAGAGGAAGGAUUGCUGUGUUUUCAGUCUCUGUGUUCUACGAUGAGAGGAUUGUGGUGGUGGCAGAGCAGCGGCCAGAUGCUUCUGAAGAGGACAGUUUUCAGUGGAUGAGCCGAGUGCUACAGGCAAUUGACAGCAUUCACCAAGUGGGCGUGUAUUGUCUUGCUCUGGUACCAGCCAACUCUUUGCCAAAAACUCCUCUCGGAGGGAUCCAUAUCUCUCAAACCAAACAGCACUUUUUGGAGGGCUCGCUGCACCCGUGUAACAUCCUCAUGUGCCCGCACACAUGUGUGACCAACUUGCCAAAACCCAGGCAGAAACAACCAGGUGUUGGCCCAGCCUCUGUGAUGGUGGGGAACCUGGUUGCUGGGAAGCGCAUUGCUCAGGCUGCUGGGAGGGACCUUGGACAAAUAGAAGACAACGAUUUGGUUAGAAAGCACCAGUUCCUGACGGAGGUGUUGCAAUGGAGAGCUCAAGCAACCCCUGAUCACAUGCUCUUCCUUCUUCUAAAUGCCAAGGGAACUCCUGUGUGCACAGCCACCUGCCUCCAGCUGCACAAGAGAGCAGAGAGAAUUGCAUCAGUUCUGUAUGACAAGGGACAUCUGAAUGCAGGAGACAAUGUGGUGCUGCUCUAUCCUCCUGGCAUUGAACUCAUUGCUGCAUUCCAUGGCUGUUUGUAUGCUGGCUGCAUUCCUGUGACUGUUCGACCACCUCAUGCUCAGAACCUCACUGCAACUCUGCCCACUGUGCGAAUGAUUGUAGAUGUCAGCAAAGCUGCCUGCAUUCUCACAACUCAGACCUUAAUGAGACUACUGAAAUCCAGAGAGGCAGCUGCUGCUGUGGAUGUAAAAACCUGGCCAACCAUCAUUGACACAGAUGACUUGCCCAGGAAGCGGCUACCUCAGAUCUAUAAACCACCCACACCAGAGAUGUUGGCAUACCUAGAUUUUAGUGUGUCCACGACAGGCAUGCUUACAGGAGUGAAGAUGUCCCACUCGGCAGUGAAUGCUCUUUGCAGGGCGAUAAAGCUCCAGUGUGAGCUCUAUUCCUCUCGGCAGAUUGCCAUUUGUCUUGAUCCCUAUUGCGGACUUGGCUUUACGCUCUGGUGCCUUUGCAGCGUGUAUUCUGGUCACCAGUCCAUCUUAAUUCCUCCUAUGGAGUUGGAAUCCAAUCUUUUCCUCUGGCUUUCCACUGUCAGUCAGUACAAAAUAAGGGACACUUUCUGUUCCUAUUCAGUCAUGGAGUUGUGCACAAAGGGACUUGGAAAUCAGGUCGAAGUGUUAAAGGCAAGAGGAACUAAUCUGUCAUGUGUCCGGACCUGUGUGGUGGUUGCAGAAGAGCGGCCACGAAUUUCUCUCACCCAGUCCUUCUCCAAACUUUUCAAAGACAUUGGCCUGUCAUCCCGUGCUGUGAGCACCACCUUUGGGUCAAGAGUCAACGUAGCUAUCUGUUUACAGGGAACCUCUGGGCCUGACCCUACCACAGUGUACGUAGAUCUGAAAUCCUUAAGACAUGACAGAGUGCGUUUGGUAGAGAGGGGAGCUCCACAGAGCCUGCUGCUUUCGGAAUCUGGGAAGAUUUUGCCUGGAGUCAAAGUGAUUAUUGUCAAUCCUGAGACCAAGGGACCUGUUGGAGAUUCUCACCUUGGAGAGAUUUGGGUGAACAGUCCCCACACGGCCAGUGGUUACUAUACCAUCUACGAUAAUGAAUCCCUUCAAGCUGAUCAUUUCAACACUCGUCUGAGCUUUGGCGAUGCCGCUCAGACACUUUGGGCUAGAACUGGAUACCUUGGCUUUGUUCGCCGGACGGAGCUCACAGCUGCCAGUGGAGAUCGCCAUGAUGCACUGUAUGUCGUAGGAGCACUGGAUGAAACUUUGGAGCUGAGAGGACUCCGUUAUCAUCCAAUUGACAUAGAGACUUCAGUAUCUCGGACACACAGGAGCAUUGCUGAAUGUGCUGUGUUCACAUGGACCAACUUGCUGGUGGUAGUUGUGGAGCUGUGCGGCUGUGAACAGGAAGCCCUGGAUUUAGUCCCUCUAGUUACCAAUGUGGUUCUGGAAGAACAUUACCUAAUUGUGGGAGUUGUGGUGGUGGUGGAUCCAGGAGUUAUUCCCAUCAAUUCCAGAGGAGAAAAACAGCGGAUGCAUCUCCGUGACAGUUUCUUGGCUGAUCAAUUAGAUCCCAUCUAUGUGGCGUAUAACAUGUAAUGGGGUAGAGGGGAUAAUGUUCACAAACUUUGUAGUACCACUAAAAUGACCAAUGGUGACUAUAGAAACGAAGCUGGUGAAAAAUACUAAUACUUGAUGUAAAGUUUGUGAUCGCUACCGUAUUCCCGGCAUUUCAUCCUGUGGGAUUAUGAUCACAUGGAACAACUGAGGGUCAAAUGGAAAUAUGGUAGACAAUGGAAAAUGUUUGUAACAGUUUACUGAAUAUUAGCUUUAUAGACAAUGCAAAGUUGACAAGUGUGUGAGUUACAAAAUUCCUAAAACCUUUACAGUAGUGUUACUUUUUUCAUCUGUUGUACAUAUUUGUAUUUUUAUCUAAUAUUGUUUUAUGAUUCUAUAAGGGGAGGGUUUAUUUACUUAAGAUAAUAAACUAUUAAGAAAAGAGUAAUCAGUCCUGCAGUUCCCCAGUAUAUAAUGUACUUUGCAACUGUACUGUAGCUAUUCGUUCCAUGGGAUCUCACUGCUUAUUUAAAAUUGUGCCAUGACCAAAUCCAAUAACCCCCUAAAAGUAAGAAUUACUUACUCGUAUAGAUAUUUCUUUAAUUUAAAAUGGAUUUUGCCUUUAUUUUUAAUGUAAAUAUUAAUAUACAUAAUUCACUUAGAAAAUUGGCUUAAGUAAUGAUGACAUCUGAAGUAGAGGACUGUAAUUUUUGAAGUCCUUAACAUAAAUUACACUUGGUUAGGCAACUAAUGUGAGAAAUGCAAAUCUUACAAAAGUUUUCUUAAUUCAGUAUGUAUGUAGUCUUUUAUUGCUGGCCAGAAUGUCAUAGUAUGUAGAAGCCUAUGUUUUUAGAUCACAUCUUUCUAAAUGAGGCUGAAGUAUUUAAGCUUUUGAAACAUUAAAAAUAAAAUAAAAUUUUGAUAGAAACUGUACUGCAUCUCCAGAAUGCUUAACUGAAAUUUGUACACUUGUGUGACAGCCUCAGCUUCCCCUCAUUAUGGAGCUUUGUGUUUUAAAAAAAACAAAAGCUAAGAUUAUGGCACAGAUUGACAAAAAUAAUUAAAUUCAUUGCUGGGAUUGUGGCUCCAUCCUUAAUUUAUUCCACAGUGUGCCCACAGUUAUAGCAGCAAAUGUAAUGUGUACAAGGGCUUUAUAUGGAAAAUACCCUGAAUUUCCCUGAGGCAUUCACCAGAAAGAAUUUGAUAAUUCUGGAAGGGAGUUGGCUGAAAUCAGCUAUGUGAUUUUUUUUAUAAUGAGGGACAAAGUGGUAACGGAAAGCAAGGAUAAUGUUGUUCUAGUGCAUGCAUAGUGAAAUAUCUUCAAAAAAAAGUCAAGAUUACAGCAUCCCGAAAUAGUUGGUCAGUUUGUGGCCUUUAUAAAUGCUGAAAAGCAGAAGCCUUAAAGUGUGCAAGACGACCAACCAUUUGGAAAUUAUUGUAAUCCUCUGGCACAGUGGGCUGAGGGCGAGACAGGGUUUCAGAAUCAACUAUUUUUCUUUCAUCUAACCUUUAGUUGGAUUUCUUGUUUUUGUUUUUUUUUCUCUUAUGUGAUUAAGAAAACAAAACUUUGGAAGCGUAGAAGACAGGAUAGCAGAAAUUGUAACAGCUUUUUUGGGCCAUUUGUGGUCUGUUAUGUAAAUACAUGCUUAAAAUAUUUUAAUAUGUAUUAUUUACGCCUGUAACAAGUAUACAGUGUGUUUAGGUAAUUUUUAUAAAGGUAUAUAAUGUAAACUUGUAUAAAUCCAAAUCUAUAACAGCUAUAUUAAGUGCUGCUCUGACAGCCAUCUGUAAACAAGUCGUGGUUCUGUACUUGAAAUCCCCCUCCUUAUGAAUGCUUUAUAACAGUUCUUCAUUGAGGGCUGGAAUGUUAAAAUUCAGAUAUAAAGCUCUGAAUAUAUUCUCAAAAUAUUUAGGGAUAAUUUGCUUGUCAUAGAAGUGGAAGAAUAUAUCUUCAUUGACUAUGGCAGGUCUAACACAGGGAGAGAAUUCCUUAUAAACAAGCAGCUUAAAUAUUUAGUUUUCUGAAGAGUUGUUGUUAAAUUCCUAGAUUUUUGAAAUAAGACCCUCGUGGAUAUUUUAAAACAACAGUAUUUCCACAGUCAUGCUGCUAGGUAGUUAUAAAGUGUUCAAAGCCUCCAUAUGAAUGUGGUUUUAACAGAUUCUCUGCAAAAAUAAGGAAAUGGACAACUGUGUCGUCGUUGCUGAUAAAAAUUUAAAUGCCAGUGUAGAUCAGCUGAGUAACAGCAUAUAAAUUGCCUAUGACCAACCUUGACCUCCUUGAGAGAUUCUCCCCUUUUUAUUACACACUUUCCUUGAAUGGCAAGAAUGAUUGGCAAUGCAGCUACACUUUGUUCUCCUGACUUUUAAGAAGACAGUUUUGAAAGGCUUUUUUCAUAUCCUAGUUUACUUAACUUUUUAGAUGCAUUGUUUUGUCAAUUUUAAAUCCUUGUCCAUUGAGAGAGAACCAUAGCACAAAUCUAGAAACGUCUUUGAUUGGGUUUCUCCACUUAUGUAAUUUUGCAUUAAUAAAAAUUCACAAAUGUCUUGUGAUAUGAAAUUAAUCAAGGAUUGCUAAUACGUGCAGUUCAGAGUGACUUUUUAGAGUGGCAUUUUGGAAUUUUUAAUCUAGAAGGCUGAAGUUCUCUUUAAUACUGAAAAGCUCAGUAAUUUUUCUCCUCGGCUUGGAUUUCUAGAAGCUGAAUAAUUACAUUUUUAAAUUCUAGUGUAGUGUGAUUCUAAUUAACUGUAUUCUGAUCCAUACAUUUCUGUGAUUAGGGACUCAUGGAUUCAAAUUGUAAUCUAUGGUCUUUUUGUCCCCUGAGUGCCCAAGUCUUGUUUCCUGAUAAGUAGCGUAUAGAAGUGGCCAACUUUUAAAUUAUUGGAUGCUUCUGAGCGUGUUCAGCAAAAUAGGAAGAAGUGUGUGUUAGCAGAAUGAACAGGGGCUGGAUGUCAGGAAGUCCUGGAUUCUAAUAAGUUUUGCUGCUGACUUGCUGUGUUGCCUUGGGCAAGUCAUUUCACUGCCUCAGUUGGCAAAUCUAUAGAUUGGGAUACAAUCUAAUCAUUACAACGUCCCUGUAAAUAACUAGUUAUACAGCACUAAGUAUUAGUUGCUGAUGCCUCGAGUUUGGGAGCACAGUGAUGUUCUUUCAAACUGAUUAACAACUCAUUUGAUUCAUUUUGGGAGAGUCUUGAGAUUUAACCAAUUCACCCUAAAAUAUUUUCGCAUUGUAAUAGGGAAGAAUUCCUGUAAGUGAAUGACUCUUGACAUUUAGCUUAAGGAACCUGGCUGGCCACCAAAAACUUUGACAUUAGCUAUUCCUGUUCAGAGCUGAAUUUGCCUCCCCCUCCCCCUCCCCCCAUCAUGUAUGGGUACCCUUUAGAAUCCAGCAAGGAGUACAAAGGGGCAAAUCUACUCAUGUUCACCUCUCUACUCCAGUUUGGCUUUUUGCAGUUCAUCCAGUUGCAGAAGCAAAUAAAUGUCCCAUUAGUGUCCAUGCCAUGAAUCUUAAGUUGAGGGCUGCAUUGUACCCUGAGAACCGUUACUCCUGAACUAAAAAAAGUUUAUACACCUUACUGUUGUAUGAUUACUGCCCUAGCAAAAAGUAUUUGUGGCAUAAAAUUGCAGUACUUAAAUAAGUCUGUCUGUUAACACUUGCACUGCACCUCUGAUAACUGUGUAAUUAAGUUGGGUCAUACUAACUGUCCUGGAGAUAAAAUUGUAAAAACAAGAUUACAUUUUUAGCCUAAAUGUAACUUUUCUUUAAUUACUGUCAACAUAUUUACCAUUGUCAAAUUCAGACUACAACAUUAUGUAAUUAUGUAUAAAGGUUUUUUAUUUAUUUGAAAUUAGAGUAGAUAUACAUUUUUAAAUUUAACACCUGGCUGGACAGUGUUCCAUUAACGCAUUGAUUGUGUUUCCUUUGUCUUGUGUUAAUAAAUAUUGAUGCCUGA